CAUGAUCCUCCUCCUCGCUUUCCUCCUCUUCUUUGCCUCUCCUCUCAUGGCCGCUUCUGACCCAUCCACCAUCUACGACCAUCUCCACCUUCACGGCCUCCCCAUCGGCCUCCUUCCCAAGAACAUCACCAGAUUCUCCAUCGACUCUUCCACUGGCCGAUUCCAGGUCUUCCUCGACCAGCCCUGCAAUGCUAAGUUCGAGAAUGAGGUUCACUAUGAUUUCAAUGUCUCCGGUCGCCUCAGCUAUGGCCAGAUCGCUGAAUUGGCUGGAAUUUCCUCGCAGGAGCUCUUUCUUUGGUUUCCUGUUAAAGGAAUUCACGUCGAUUUGUCCUCUUCUGGUUUAAUUCAUUUUGACGUCGGCGUUGUUGACAAGCAAUUCUCCCUGUCUCUCUUUGAGUCCCCGCCUGAUUGCACUGCCGCUGAUCCUGUUGAUCAUUCCUUCGAGUUGAAUGGAGCCUCUGUCGAUUUGAAUGUGGCUAUUUCUAUGAGUGAAGCACAGAACCUUCAGCUCGAGGACAGGGAACUACGAGCAGCAUCAUAGAUUACCAAUACAAGAAACGUUACGGAUUUCCCGAGGCUUUCGUUCAAGAGUCUGCCUUUGCUGGUCUGGUAAAUUUGUUUCUGCCAUUUGUGGAUUGCUUUUGUUUUGUAUAGUCUUUGUUUCCUAAUAGUCCUGUCUGAUGGGGAUAAGGAGGCUAUUAUAUAUUCAUAUAAAGAGCUCACAGAAAUAUUUAGCCUCCAAUCCUUCAAGUCUAUACUAUUAUUAGCUGAAUUUAAGCGAGGGAGAUUGUUGCUUGGGUCGGCUUAUAAGAAUCCUAGAAGUCAUGUCUGGUAUUAAGUUUAGCAGUCGUCUUGUCUGUUGUAAGUGCUUUUUAUCUCUGUUUAUGAAGUAUAUCACUGCUUCUGGCUGUGGUUGGCAUUGGCUACUCACAAAAAGAAGUUUUGUUUUUGUUGUGUUGCCUCUAUAGCCAUGAAGUUUGGGCUUGUAAAUUGUACAUUGCAAAAGUGAUAUUUUAGUAGCUAAAAGAGGAUUUACAUGUA